CUCUUCAAGAUGUUUCACCGAAUACCAACUCUGGGUUUAUGUUUCACGCUUUGCGCCCUGUCGAUGAUCGGGACAACACAGGGAACCUAUAUGCCCGUUCAUUGCUGUUCAGGGUCUACACUAUAUGGUUCAAGAUGUGUGUGUAACCCAGGAUACCAUCCCGAUAGUACUCACCGGUGUGUCGAGCCAUGUUGGAACAAAUGUAAAGCAAAUACAGUCUGCAACAAAAAUACAUUCAGAUGUUACUGUAAACCAGGAUGCAGCGGUAACCCAUAUAGCGGCUGCGCACCACCUUUAAGCAAAUUCCAAUUUGCACGAUCAAGUUACUCGGUCAGCGAGAGCGCCGGAGUCGCGAAGCUCCAGAUAGAUAGGAUAUCUGGAGUGUCCGGGAGAGUCACACUGUACUGGAAAUCGACUGCAAUAUCGGCUAAAUUAAACAGCGACUACAAAGGUGCUUCCGGAACAAUUACCUUUGAAAGUAAUGAAAAAUGGAAGUCCAUCCAAAUUCCAAUCGUUAAUGAUAAGUUCUACGAAAACACUGAAACGUUCAAAGUAACCUUAACAUCAGCAAGUUCUGGAGGGCAAGUUGGACCGCGUCGGGAAACAGUUGUAACAAUUAGGGAUGAUGAUCUACCUGGCAAAUUCCAAUUUGCCCGAUCAAGUUACGUGGUGAACGAGAACGUCGGUUCAGUGAAAUUGCAGAUCGAUAGAAUAUCCGGAUCACUCAAUCAAGUCACUUUGUACUGGAAAUCCACUGGUAUAUCGGCUACACUUAACAGCGACUACAAAGGUGCUUCUGGAUCUAUAACAUUUGGUGUUGGUGAAAAAUGGAAAUCCAUCGUUAUUCCCAUCGUUAACAAUCAGUUCUUUGAAAACACUGAAACGUUCAAAGUAACCUUAACAACAGCAAGUUCUGGAGGACUAGUUGGACCGCGUCGGGAAACCGUUGUUACAAUAAAAGAUGAUGAUCUGCCAGGUAAAUUCCAAUUUGCCCGAUCAAGUUACGUGGUGAACGAGAACGUCGGUUCAGUGAAAUUGCAGAUCGAUAGAAUAUCCGGAUCACUCAAUCAAGUCACUUUGUACUGGAAAUCCACUGGUAUAUCGGCUACACUUAACAGCGACUAUAAAGGUGCUUCUGGAUCUAUAACAUUUGGUGUUGGUGAAAAAUGGAAAUCCAUCAUUAUUCCCAUCGUUAACAAUCAGGUGGGUUUAGUAAGGAUGUUUGAACGGAUUUGUUUUUAA